AUGGAGUCACUGCCACGGCCGACGUCGUCAACGUUCCGCGGGAAGAAAGAAAAGGUGGUGUUCGUGGUGGGUCCCACGGGGACAGGCAAGUCCAGGCUGGCGAUCGACCUAGCAACCCGCUUCCCGGCCGAGGUUGUCAACUGCGACAAAAUGCAAGUCUACCAGGGGCUCGACGUCGCCUCCAACAAGGUCACCGACGCCGAGCGCCGCGGUGUGCCCCACCACCUGCUCGGCGUCGUCCACGACCCGCUCGCCGAUUUCGCCGCCGUCGACUUCUGCCGCCGCGCCUCGCGCGUGACGAAAUCCAUCAUCGCACGCGGCCGCCUCCCCAUCGUUGCCGGGGGGUCGAACUCCUUCGUCGAGGCGCUGGUCGACGGCGAAGACGCUGACUUCCGGUCCCAAUACGAUUUCUGCUUCCUCUGGGUCGACGUGGCGCUUCCGGUUUUGUACGAGUUUAUUUCCGACCGGGUCGAUCGGAUGGUUGACUCCGGUUUGGUAGAAGAGGUUCGGGCAGCGUUCGACCCGAAUGAUCGGGAUUACACGCGCGGGAUCCGACGCGCGAUCGGCGUGCCUGAAUUGGAUGAGUACUUUAGAUCCGGAGGUCGAAGCGCCGCCCUCCUGGAGGCGGCGGUAGAAAAGAUUAAGGAGAACACGUGUCGGCUGGCUUGCCGGCAGUUGAAGAAGAUCCAGCGGCUGAACGGGCAGUUGAAUUGGAGCAUGCAUCGGGUGGAUGCGACGGAUGUCUUUCUCAGGAGAGGAACAUCGGGGGCCGACGAGAUCUGGGAGGAGCUGGUGGCCGGACCGAGCACCGCAAUUGUCGAUCGGUUCCUUCACCGGGAGGAAAAUUUGGUUUCGAAUACGACGGAGGUAGUGGAGGACCACGCGGCGGCGGUUGGAAUUCCUCUGCCCGCUAUGGCAGCGGCGGCAGGGCUUACCCUGUAG